CAAAAAUAAUUUUUUCACCAUCUUAGACACAAUCCCACUUUGAGAGUUGAGAGAAAAAGAAAAAAAAGAAGGAAGAUGGAGUCACAACAUUUUGGGCACUCACAUCCAUUGAUGGUGUCCAAUGAAAUCAAAGAAGCAAAUUGCUCAAGGUGCGGUGAGGUGGUGUCGGCUCCUACCCUUUGUUGUGUUGAAUGUGGAUUUUACCUCCAUAAAAAAUGCGCUGAGGCACCCUCUGAGAUUCAUCAUCCUUUCCAUCCUAAUCAUCCUCUUGUUCUUUUUCCAAAGCCACCAUACAAGCGGGGAGGAUGUCCUUGCGAUUUUUGCGGCCAAAACUGUGAGCUCUUUGUUUAUCAUUGUCCUUGUAAUUUAGACUUUCACAUCAAAUGUGCUUUAUUUUCCCUUAAUAUUGCUGAAAAGAAACUUGGAGAGCUUGAACACGCAGCCAUCAAAGAUCAAUUAAUCUCCACUGAAGGUGGUCAAAAGGAACUUGAAAGGGCCAAGUGUUUUGGGUGUUGGGAGCCAUUAUUAGGAUCUGCAUAUUUUUCUCUUGAUUCUGGGUUUCACCUACAUAAGAAAUGUGCUGAGCUUCCUCAUGAAAUCAAUCACCCCCUUCACAACAAACAUCCUCUCAUUUUACAGUUUAAUGGUGAACGUUUCUCUUGUAAAAUAUGUCUACAAAAGCCAUCUUCCAAGGGAUUUAUUUAUUUUUGUUCACCUUGUAAGUUUGCCCUUCAUAUUAAAUGUGCCGAGUUACCUCCUCAAAUCAAUCUCCCUUGUCAUCGGAUACAUCCUCUUAUUUUACAAUUUAAUAGUGAAAACCUCCCCUGCAAGAUAUGCCAAGAAACCCAACUUCAAAAAUUUGUUUAUUGUUGUUCAUCUUGCAAGUUUUCCCUUCAUAUUGAGUGUGCCUCAUCACCGCUUACGAUUAAAGAAAAAAAUCACCAACACCCAUUCAUCUUGUAUUGGAGACGACACUCGUUCAUUUGUGAUGCAUGUGGCCUCAAGGGUAAUUAUGCUGCCUAUAUAUGUCUUGCAUGCGACCUUCUAAUCCAUAAAAAAUGUGUUUCACUACCACCCAUCAUCAAAGUCCCACGACAUCACCACCCCAUUUUCCACAACUAUUUUCUUCCUGAGAAUGAGUUCAAAAACUGGCAUUGUGAAAUUUGUGAUACUGAAGUGGAUAUAGAGUAUGGGAGUUAUUGUUGCCUGGAUUGUAAUUUUAUUGCCCAUGUGAAAUGUGCGACAGAGAAAAAAGAUUAGUACGUUGUAAUUUAGGCAAAAGAUGAAGAUGAGAAGCUUGAUGAUAAUGAUGGU